CUCGGAAGCCAUAAAAGCCGAACACUUCGCCCCACUGUAAACGUCCCCCUGUAAACACCGUCACUACACUGCUGAAACCACUUUCCAGCUCACCGUCCAGUUCUUCCUGACCCUCUACACUAUUUCCAUACGAGAUCCUUCUACGGAGCAAACAUGCUCGAGUUACUUGGACUCUCAGUGUUUGGCACUGUUGCCUUAAAGGUGUUCAAGAAGUCAUCUCCCAAUGGGAAACUGACAGUGUAUCUCGGAAAGCGAGACUUCGUUGAUCACCUAGGACAAAUUGAUCCCAUCGACGGCGUCGUUGUCGUCGAUACGGAUUACCUACAAUCAAAAAAAGUUUUCGGACUAGUGAACACUAUAUUCAGAUAUGGACGCGAAUCAGACGAGACCAUGGGUCUCAAAUUCAGCAAAGAGAUGUGCUUGGGAUUCGGUCAAAUCCAUCCCUCAAAACAGGGAACAGCAGUCACGCCUCUUCAGGAAAAACUCAUCAAGAAAUUGGGGGCGAAUGCGUAUCCAUUCUUCUUCGAACUCCCAUCAACUUCACCGACAUCUGUGACUUUGCAACCUGGAUCCUCAGACACAGGAAAGCCUUUGGGGGUUGAAUAUGACCUAAAAACCUGGAUCGGUGACAGCAAAGAGGAGAAGCCCCAUAAAAGGUCUUCCGUUUCUAUGGCCAUUCGGAAGGUACAAUACGCGCCAGUGGAAAAAGGAAGCCGACAGCCCAGCGCCAUCGUCAGCAAAGGCUUCGCGCUGACAAAGGGAAAAAUCAAUCUGGAAGUAACCCUAGACAAAGAUUUAUACUACCACGGAGAGCGGGUCACUGCUGACGUUCGCGUGAGCAACAAUUCGAGAAAAACCGUGAAAUGCUUCAAAGUGGGCAUCAUACAACAUUGCGAGGUGACUGUGGUGAACGCUCAGUUCUCCCGGGAAGUCGCCUCGCUUCAAACCAAAGAAGGCUGCCCGAUAACCCCCGGGGCAUCCCUGAACAAGCAGUUCUUCCUCACUCCAGUCGCUGGGGAUAACAAAAAGAAGGAAGGCGUCGCUUUGGACGGUCGCAUCCGGGAUGAAGAUGCAAAUUUGGCAUCAUCGACACUUCUCCCGCCGGGGGACAACGGAAACAACGCUUACGGGAUCAUCGUUUCCUACACAUUGCGCGUGCGACUGAACUGUGGAUAUUUGGGAGGCGAAAUUGAGGCAGACCUUCCAUUCAAACUUCUGCAUCCGGCUCCAGGUAAAAUUCCGCUAAAUUAUUUCCCCGAUCCCGAAAUCCGAAAGUUUGCGGAGAUCUUGUGUGAG